UCCAAUCGGAAGUGCAAAAAAAUAAAGUUGGACCCUAAAAAGACCCCAGCUGUGGAGUUGGAUAAGGAUGAUGAUUGUCUGCCUCCCAAGCCCCCUGUAAGUGGCUAUAUUUUAUUCUGCAAAGAAAUGUCAGAGAAGGAGGAUGUCCCCAAAAAAUCCUGUGUAAGCGAGUGGUCCCAAAGGUGGCGAAAUUUAAGUGAAAAAGAGAGGAGAGCAUACAUCACACGCUGCAAAGAGUUGAAGAACCAGUACUCUACUAAGCUGCGUGACUAUCUAAAGGGGUUUGAAAAGGACGAGCAGCAGCAGAUCCUCCAUGAGAAUAAACUCAAAAUGCCUGUAAUGCAAAAGAUUUCCAAUAAAACAUACAAGGAAUUACUACCUGGCGAGCCCAAGAAGGCCAUCCCACGUGAUUGUGCUUAUUUAAGUUUCUGGCAAGAACAAAUGGAACUUCUGAAAGAGGAGAUCCCAAAUGUACGAAACCGCUUUGCUGUGGACUCAGAGGAUGAAGCCACUGAUAACAGCAGCAUAGUGAUGAUGAAGACAAGAACGAGGGAUGAUGAGGAGGAAGAGGAAGAAGAUGAUGUCAUGUUUGAGAUGUAUUUGUGA